GCGCGUUUGGAGACCGCGAACAUGGCGCUGGAUUUCCUCGCAGGCUGCGUAGGAGGUGCUGCCGGUGUGUUGGUAGGACAUCCAUUUGAUACUGUUAAGGUGGGUUGACUUUUCACAGGCUUACUUACGAUAAACAUUUAGGCUGAAGAUGGCAUUAGUCCUUAUGAAUAAAAGGGGGGAAAUCUAGAUAUUUCACACCCUUUAAAAUAAAGAUCCUCGUAGAGACUUUGAAUUAGAUUUACAGUCAGACUGAGCUAUUGAAACAGCUCAGACUUCAACCAAAUUCUCAACAGAAAAAAAAAGCCAAAGUUCCCGAUCACAUAGUCUCCUUCAUUGAUACGCUUAAAAAUGUUCUGAGGAUUGGGUCUUCAACCACACUUUUUAUCCAGUAAUCCAACAGCAUUUAAUAACAAUUCCUACAGGUAUUUCCUUAGCAUUUACAUUAAACAAACAAACAAAAAAUGUACUUUGCCUAAUCUUGCUUUAUUCCUACUGGUGCAUUCCUCCACCCAUUUGCUUUAGGAAAUCAUUAAUUAUUUGUUAAUUAUAUUGCCCAGAUGACUGUUUGCUGCAUGAUGAAACAGUCUUGCUGAUUAAUGUGCUUCUUCCCACCCAAGGAAGGAUGUUGUGAGUUUUCAAAUGACAACUUCUUCUUUUUUCUUGUUUGAGACACUGAUAUAUGUUGUUCGGAUUCUUUGUCCUAAUCUAUACCAAGCAGGAUAUUGCACUAUAAAAGUGGUAUAUAAAAAGCAGGAGCCACACAGAAUAUAGCCCUAUAAAAGCUGUAUGAAAGUGGUAUAUGGUAUGUAUCAAUGGGCCCCAACAGUUGUCAGUGCACUUCAAUACUGCUAUAAAGCAGAGGUGUGGCUCCUGCCUUUUAUAUACCACUUUCAGACUGCUUUCAUAAUAUAAUAUCCCAGUUGGUGUACGUUAGGCCUUUAAUGGCAGCAGUAGAUAGCUGUAGGGAAGAUUUUGGUGCAAGAUGACUAAAUUAGUUAAAAUCCGUUCCUGCCCCAAAACAAAAUAGCAUCACAAAACAGGAUUUACUGUCUUAUGGACUAGUAUACAGAGAGCUGAAAUACAUGGAUCUAAGCUGACCUGGAUUGCAGUCAUAUAUACAGUAUGCUGACUUUGGGUUAAGCCUCAUUUAACUCUGUGGGCCUCACUUCUGAGUAUACAUGUACAGGAUCAGGCUAUGUGCCUGAGAGUAUGAAUGGGCUUAAAUCCAAUUAUUUCAUCUUCUCUGUGGGUUGGAACACAGCUUUAAGCCUCUUCUUGCAGAGGAGAUGUGCCAGUAAUAAUCAAUAACCUCAAAGGAUGCAGUACUUUUUUAAAAAAAGGUACAAGCCUUAUGGAUAAAAUAUGAAGUGUGUUGUCUUGUAGCUGUAUUUUCAGUCAUUUAAUGCCAUUGUGCUUCCUUUGCUGUGAAACCAUUUCAGUCAAAUUCCAUUGAAUUCUUUCACAUAUUGUCUCGUAUCAAAAUGAGUAUGUAGAAAAAACUCCGAAUCCUACAGUCCUUUGGACAUAUUUGCAGAAUGAGAGCUAAACUGUCACAGAUUUCUUUCCUUCUUUUUCCAACUUAGUGGAAUUGUGUUUUACUGACAGGAGGAAAGUGUAGUUAUUUAAUUUUAUUUAUUUUAGUACAUUUCUAUCCUCCCAUCAUGGAGCUUCAAGGCAGUGUAUGUGGGAUUCCCAGUUGGUCUCCCAUCCUGGCUUUGACCAAAUUCAAACCUGCUUAGUUUCAUUAAGGUGCUUAAUCAUGUGCCCUCAGGCUACACCCUGGGACCAAGAAAUGCAUUUACUUGAAAGAGAGUUCGAUUGAACAUACUUGCAAAGCAAAUGUAUUCAGGAUUGUGGCAUUAUUUAAUUUCUUUUAUAAUACCCAUAUAAUUAAAUUGUCUUAAAUGUUUAGCUUAUGUUGUUGAAGGCACAAGAGUAUUACUAAUACUGAGAAGGAGAAAUCUGUUUUAAGAGAGUCUUGCAACCCAAUCUUAUACAUGUUUAUUUGGAAGGCAGUCUCACUGAGGGACUUGCUCCCAAAGAACACUGCAUGGGAUUGGAGCAUGAUCCUAAUUUAUUUUAAUCUGCUGGUAAAUAACCUGGUUUUGUAAAAGGGCACUUUACGUAGAUCUCCGUCUUCCGUUGCUGCAUUUAACAUUAUAAUUCAUUCCUGCAAGCCCUGUAGAUUUUCCUGGAUGGCUGAAUGGCUAAACGCUAUUAAGUAAGCCUUCUUUUUAAGCAAAUUUCCUGAAGGCUAAUCUAAUUUUUGAAAUAAGGACACAUUCUUGAGAUUCCAAGAAAAGUUUGAUUUUCCUUUCUGAAACUCUUCAGGAGUUGUACAGACUAGGCCAGGGCUGGUGCUCGGGAGACUGGUGGGCCAGGUAAAACCUGAAAAGAUGCUGAACUGAUUCUAAACCAGAUCUUCCAGUGGCAACUCCUCUUUUAUUCCCCCCCAAUUUGUUGAUGUAAUGUGUACAAUUGCUUUGUUGCUUAACUGCCUUUACUUUCUGAGCUAGGGGCUGUCUUCAUUAACAGCAAAAGUGUUACUUUGUUGUAGAUGACAGAUAAGCCUCAUCACGGGAGAGUUACCUAGUACGCCUUCAAGUUCAAAAUGUGGAGAAGCCGCUUUACCGUGGAACCUUGCACUGUUUUCAGUCUAUCAUAAAGCAAGAAUCGACCUUUGGACUUUAUAAAGGCAUUGGGUCACCUAUGAUGGGACUUACCUUCAUCAACGCCCUUGUGUUUGGCGUUCAAGGGAACACUAUUCGUGCCCUGGGAAGGGACACGCCGCUCAACCAGUUCCUUGCCGGUUCGGCGGCUGGUGCUAUUCAGUGUGUCAUCUGCUGCCCCAUGGAACUAGCGAAGACACGGAUGCAGCUGCAAGGAACGGGGGAAUACAAGCUGAAGUCGAAGAACUACAAAAACUCUCUGGACUGCUUGGUGAAGAUCUACCGGAAGGAAGGUGUGAAGGGGAUCAACAGGGGCAUGCUUUCCACGUUCAUGAGAGAGACACCCAGCUUUGGCUUCUACUUUCUGACCUACGACUGCCUAACCAGGUACCUAGGGUGUGAGGCGGAGGACAGCUACAUUAUCCCCAAACUGCUCUUGGCGGGAGGCAUGUCCGGAAUUGUCUCCUGGCUAUCGACGUACCCUGUGGACGUGAUCAAGUCCCGCCUUCAAGCUGACGGAGUUGGCGGAGUCACACGGUACCAGGGCAUUGUGGAUUGUGUCCGAAAGAGCUACCACAAUGAAGGCAUGAGGGUAUUCACCAGGGGCCUGACCUCCACGCUUCUUCGGGCCUUUCCCGUGAACGCUGCUACUUUUGCCACUGUUACAGUCUUCCUUAUGUAUAUGAGGUCAGAAGAGAACCAGAUCAGAGGUGAUUUAAGCGGAUGUGAGGCUGGACCAGCAAUCCAGCAACCCUCAAGCUUUUAGAUUCCUAGCAGCCGAUCGAAAGUACCUGUUAUGCAUUUGAGAUGUCAUCUCCCUCUAAAGAAAAAAAAAGGAAAAAAAAACAGAAAAUUGAGAUACUGAAACUGUAAAUUUCCGUCUGUGUAAAACAUCCUUUUAAUGUUACCAAGGACUUCACCCCCCUCUUCUAAAAGCAGCUUAUUGCCUUAUUAAGGUAUCCAUUCUAGAAACCCGGGAAAUAAAAGGACUCACUUUUUUGUUUUUUUUUAAAAAAAACAUGCUCUUUUUAAAAAUACAUCUCAGUCCAUUUCCAAAUAAACACCAGUGUUUAGUGCAUGGUUGCUACCAUGUCAUAAAGACCCCACUUUACCAACCUACCUCCACUGAGGUUCAAUAUGAGCUCUUUUCAGUCUUUCUCCAUGCAUUGAUGUAUAGAGAAGAGGGCGUGUGUGUGUGUGUGUGCAGGACAGGGGUCUUCAGCACAUGUGCAUGUACAGCUGCUGCAAGUAGGCACCUUUGGCAGAUGUGACACUAACCACGUGGGUGUUGAGAGGCCAGGGCUAAGGGUGCGGGUUGCAUCAACCUCCUGCUGCCUCCUUCCUCCACACCUUGAAGGUCUAAACAGAGCUACAGUGUUGAGGGAGACCUUGAUGAUGCCAGGAGAUGACUGGUGUUCUUCCAUUGAAGUUGUUCAUCCUGCAGAAUGCAGGAGUGGUGGUGAAGCCCUACACUUUUUCGUCACUUUAAACCAGGAGAGUCUGUGGCCCUCUGCAUUAGGGCUGGGCAGGGGGAUGGAUUAUUCCCCCUUGGUCUGAGUUUUAGCUGCAAUCCUUACUGUUGCUGGGGAGGAAAUGAAUUUCCCCCCAGGGAACAAGAUGUUGCUCCUUUUUGUAAUGCAAAGUGUUGAAGCAGUUGGCUGUGGCAUCUCUGCCACCCCCAAGACCUCCCUGUUCUCCCUGAAAUUAGCGGAAAUCCUGGCAGCAGGGAUGAGUGGGGAGAUGGAUUUUCCCCUGUUAUGAUGCAAAGUGUUUUAGGAGGUGGCUUGGCCUGGAGUUGGGCAAUUAAGGCCCAUUAGCUUUACAAAAGACCUGCCUCUUGGUGGAGAUGAGAAAGGCCAGAACUAGUUCCUCAAUGUGGAUCAACAGACCUGCCUGCAGUUUUGGCUAUGAGGUCAGUCACUAUCAGUGCCUGCACUUCCAAAUGUACCAUGACACCAUUGGGGAGCUUCCGUCAUCCCUCACCAUGGGCCAGGCUGACUGGGGCUGAUAGGAGUCGGAGUCCAACAUCUGGAGGCCAUGCAAUCCUCAUGCCGCUUCAAACAGAGAUGACUCUUCUUGCUGCAAGCCAUUCUGUAAACGUCUUACUGUGGAGGGUGGUGCAUUAGUAGCCCCCUGUCCUUCCUCUACUUACUGUGAACAGUUCAAUGCAGCGUAUAAGAGCAUCCUGCUUUUUUGUCUCGCUCUGUUUCUCAGCUAUGCAGAUGUUUUCCCUGCUUUUUUUACUUUUUCUUUUGCAGUGCUUGGGAAACAUCUGGCCCCUACUUGUGCAUUUGAACACAGGAGAGCUUAGGUUCCUGCUGUUUGCAUUUGCCUCUAUAAUUUUUUUUAAAGUAUUGUGUGGCAUUUUAAAAUGGUUUUUAGAAUGCAGGAGACUCCUUCCGUGUUUCUCCAGCGAAGCUUACAUCAUGAGUUGCUGCUGUUUGCAAGUUGCAGGUUAGUGUAAUGCUUCCUAUACAGAAACCUGGAGUCAGGAGAUACAGGUUCUAGUCCCCACUCUACCAUGGAAACCCACUGGGUGACUUUGGGCCUGUCACAGACUCACAGCCCAACCUACCUCACAGGGUUGUUGUGAGGAUAACAUGGAGAAGAGGAUUAUGUACCACCUUGGGUUCCUUGGAGGAAAAAAGGCAGAAUAUAAAUGUAAUAAAUAAAUUAAUAGAAUAUUUGAAGAGAAAUUGAGGGUGGGGGUUAGAGACUCAAUUUACCGUUUUCCCAAGAUUAGGAUGCAUCAGCACAGUAGCAAAUGAAUACCUCUCUAGAAUGGGAAGAGACUAAAAGAUGCAAGUCAAUUUAGAUGGGUUCAACUGAAGUGUGGUUUAGAGAUCUAGUACUUCAUGGCUCUACAUUUGUAUUAUUUUAUGUAUUUGAUUACCGUGCUGUUUGGAAAACAAACUGAGCAGAGGUCCUGGCAAACUUUCAACCCAUUCCAUAGCCUUGUCGAUCAGAAACACUAGAAUGUAUGUUGAUCUGGUCCCACUGUGACAUCAAGCAUUCAUUUGAAUCCAAAGAUGUUAACUAGAUUGUCAACCGGAGCUUACCAGCAAAGGUUUAGGCUGCCAUCGUAUGUACACUUACCUGGGUGUACAUCUCCUUGAUUGAUGUCUGAAUAAUCACACCUAGUGUUAACAUUAAAACGGUUAAUAGCAAAGUGGUAACUUUUAACAAGGUGUGCCUAUACCCACUUUGUAAGCCAGUCAGCUGUUUCAGCCUAUCACGUGGAGGGGAAAAUCUGAACACACUUCACCCAAGGCCAGGUCUGAACGUUACACAUACCAUGCUGUUAGGCGCUGUCAUAAGAAACAAGGUGUCAUGUCACCACCAUUCGAGGCAAGGCUUGUGUGAUGCAUGGCAACUUGGGCCAACCCAAUUCAUUUCGCUGCCUGGGGUGGAGCAGCAAAUGGGACCGACCCUCCCCUACCAAGUCAAGGCCAAUGAAGUGUUUUUUGACACCUGAGGCAGAAAAAUGCAAGAAGUACACCGUUGUCUCCCAAGCAAUAAAAAGGCAAAUAAUACAUUUUCUCCCCAUAAUAACAAAGUGAUAUUUUGUGUUGUGUUUGUCCACUGAAUUGUGGAAAUGUGUCAUCGGGCGUAGGUCAUAUUGAAAUGGAUAUUUUGCCUCUCUUUGUCCAGAGUGUGGGCCCUUGACUAACAUGGACACUCUGCAAAAGAAAAUUAUUUCCCUCAUUUUGUGCUAGUGCUUUGACAACCCUAGACAGGAGGAAAAGGGUUAGAUUUUCUCCAGCUGCUCAGUUCCUCUGCAGUUUGUAUCCUGGCCAGACUUCCUUUCCCAAGCCACAUUCCACGUUAACCUAAUGAAAACAUUUCACUUGUCCGCAUGCUCCGGAUAUCACGCAAGCUGUUGUGAACUUGAGGUGGCGAGCAGGAAUCAGUGCUACGCACCGCAAAGACUUCACACGAGCACACUGAACAGCAUGAGGUGAGCAUAACGUUUAGGCCUGGCCUAAUUAGAAAAGCUGGGGAAAUGAGAGAGAAAAAAUUCUCACAGCUUAGCAGAACAAUACAAAGGAUCAGUUUACAAAGUGGCUGUAGGAACACCUCCAGAAGUUAGGGCCUACAACUCUCAUCAGCCUUAGCCUAGCCAAUAGGAGUUGUAGGCCACAACAGGAGGGCCUCUAAUGGCCAACAUCUGAAAGAGCCAAAGAUUGUAUUAAGUAUGUAAAGAUGUUUCUACUAAACAUUUUAGACCCAGGUUGCACUGCUAACUACACCCUGCAAUGUGGAAUCAAUUUUUUUAACCACUUCUUUCUUCACACACUCUUUGUUCUUGUUAUCUCUUUGUCUCCCUCUCUUAUUAAGGGUAUGUAAGCCGAAAAGAAAAUGGUAGUUAGGACCACCAGUGUGACCUACAUUUUGGCCAGGGCCUAACCCAACUAUGGGUUCCAGUGCAUCAGUUGAAGGCCAAUGUUUUAAGUGCUCAAUAAUUUAGAUUUGGAGAAGGGAAUCCACCCACAUGAGGGAAAUAAAGAACUGAAACUUGUGUACAUCAUGUACCACAAUCUGUGGAGGUUGAGUAUGAUACUUUUUAUUUGGGACAGGUGCAAUACGGCUGGUUAAUCUUUUCUUUUAAUGAAAAACUCUAGCCAGCUAACAGCAUUUUAUCAAAUAUUAGGCUGGAGAAACCUGUAAAACUGGUUCACUGCUUCUGUAUUUUGCAAGUACACUGAAUGUUUUGAUAUCUAAAUGCAGGGGGCGGUCUAAUUGAAUGUGAAACCUUUCUGAGCUGUUUAUGCACAACAAUACAGAGAAAUGACAACUAUCCCUUUUUUGUACAGUAUUCUGUAACUAUUGUACAUAAACCCAGACAAAAUAAAUCUUUUUUUAAA